CAAAUAGCAUUUUCUGUAUUUCAGGUGAAAUGUCACCCAGCACCAGAUGCUUUUAACCCCUGCGAAGAUCUUAUGGGUAACUGGGCGCUCCGUAUCCCAGUAUGGAUAGUUGCUUCAAGUGCCUGCGCAGGCAACCUGUUCGUCGUUCUGGUGAUCGCUACGUCCAGGUUCAGGCUAACUGUGUCCAAAUUCCUCAUGUGCAACCUUGCUGCAGCCGAUCUGUGCAUCGGUCUGCAUCUGUUGCUUAUUGCCGCUGUGGAUGCUUGCUCCAUUGGGGCCUAUUUUAACUACGCCAUCGACUGGCAAGAAGGUAACGGAUGUACCGUGGCUGGCUUUCUGACGAUACUCGGAAACGUGCUAUCCGUGUACACUUUAGCUGUGAUCACUACGGAAAGGUGGUAUACGAUUACAUGGGCGAUACAUCUCAACAAGCGUUUGAAACUUCGUACUGCCGUUCGAGUAAUGGGAGCAGGUUGGGCUUGUGCACUGACGAUGGCAUCUCUGCCCCUGCUAGGAGUCAGCGGGUACUCUAAAACGAGUAUAUGUCUGCCCCUGGAGAACAACGACCAGGCAGAUGCUGUCUAUCUGUCCACACUUCUGGCUUUCAACGCUAUCGCCUUUGGACUUAUAUGCGUUUGCUAUGGGAGUAUGUACAGAUCUAUAAGGGAAGGUCGACGUACUGGCUCAACUACCUCCGUCCGCAGCGAUCUGACAGUGGCCAAGCGCAUGGCCCUUUUGGUCUUCACAGAUUUCGCCUGUUGGGCGCCAAUAGCCUUUUUUGGUCUAACAGCACUCCUAGGAUAUCCACUUAUUACAGUCACACAAACCAAAAUCCUCCUGGUCUUCUUCUAUCCGCUUAACUCAUGUGCCAAUCCCUGCUUGUACGCGCUACUGACGCAGCAAUAUAGGAGAGAUUUCUUCAUUCUGAUGGGACGAUAUGGUCUCUGCAAAGAUAGAGCUGAAAGGCACAAAGGAGCUAUUGGAGGUAAGCCGCUUCCAUAUAGUGCAGCAGCUCAGUAUCGGAGAACGGGUGGUAGCGGAGGCACGGGAGGGAUAAUUGUUGAAGGAAAUUGUGCGAAAAAGGCUACAGGUAACAAUCAUCGAGGUUCCACUAUGACAACAAUGGUAUCAGUCGAGUGCCCCAUAAUGAGAUGUAGCUCGAGGAACAGCAGUUCCAGAUUCAGACCGGAAUCGAUCAUCGCUAUGUCAGAGUUCACCACCAUCAAACAGAUUAACAACUAUCACGAAUGUCAUAAAAUAAAUUCGGAAAAUUUGUAAUUGAUGGUACAGCACUGUAAGAUUAGAUGAGGCAUUGUCCAAACAAUAGGCUAGUUGAUACUUUUUUUAAGUAGAUCUUAAAUAGCUAAUACUUUUUCUAUUAGAUUACGCUUUUUCAGACCUUAAGAACCGUGAAGC